ACAAAAUCCAGCAGAAAACUCCCACACACGCAGACACACAAGCCACUUACACCCACUAACGCACAGAAACACAGAGAAAACAUGGCCAAAAAGGAAGAGCUCCUUAUGGACGGGCCCAAGCGGCUGAACCGCGAGCUGGCCCUGAUGCUGGAGGACAAGCAGAACCUGCAGUUCCGCAACCUGAUGGUGGAGCCGAACAACAUCUACAAGUGGACGGGGCUGCUGAUGCCGGUGGCCCCGCCCUACGACAAGGGCGCCUACAAAAUGGAGAUCGACUUUCCGCUGGACUAUCCGUUCAAGCCGCCCCGCAUCCACAUAAACACGAGGAUGUACCAUCUAAAUGUCAACGAACGCGGGCAGAUUUGUGUGCCCAUCCUGGAGAUCGAACACUGGAUUCCAACGACACGGAUCGAUCAGGUCCUGCAGGUCCUGCUGGCCACCAUCAAUGAUCCGCAGCCGGAAAAUGCGUGGCACAUGGAAAUGGCCGGCGAGUACCUGAAUGAUCCGGUGCGAUUCUUCAAAAUGGCCGAUGCCUGGGUGCAGAAGUACAGUGAAAAACGACCCACCGAGGAGGAAUUGGCCAAGUUCGCCCGAAAACGCAAGAAGGCAAUGUCGAAGGAUUAG